AUGGCACAGUCAUUGAAUGUUGUGGCACUCGUAUCUGGGGGCAAAGACUCAUUCUUUUCCUUGUUGCAUUGCAUUAAGAAUGGACACAAGGUCAUUGCACUCGCCAACUUGCACCCGCCCCUACCACCACCGCACAAGCUAGACAUGAAUACGACGAUUUCAUCGGCAGGAGAUGUUGGCUCAACCCCAUCAUUUGAUGAUAUGAACAGCUUCAUGUAUCAGACCGCGGGCCAUAACAUAGUUCCACUAUAUGCAGAUGCUCUCGGUCUUCCGCUCUAUCGCGCAGUAAUUACAGGUACGGCAGUGGAUUCUUCGAAAUAUUACUCGCCAUCUUCGCAGGAGGAAGGGGGCGAUGAAAUCGCUUGUUUGACCGAAUUACUGAAUCUUGUCAAGGCGAGCCAUCCAGAGCUCAGUGCAGUAAGUUCCGGUGCCAUUCUAUCGACCUAUCAGAGGACUCGGGUCGAGUCUGUGGCUAUCCGACUUGGUUUGGUGCCUUUAUCUUUCCUAUGGCAAUACCCUGUUCUUCCACCGCCUUCUCCAGAUGGCCUGAUUGAUGAUAUGGCUGCCGUCGGAUUUGAUGUUCGCCUCGUCAAGGUUUCGUCCGGCGGCUUAGGCCCAGAAUUACUAUGGUGCAAUUUGAUGGACCCAGCCGUCAGGCAGAAGAUUCAGAAGGCAAUGGGGAGGUUUGGAGGUAGCCUGCUUGGCGAAGGUGGCGAGUAUGAGACCCUGGUUAUCGAUGGCCCUUCACCUGUUUGGAAGAAGCGCAUCAAAGUAGACGAUAUAGACAUGCAGAUGAAGACAGAAGAUGGAUCAGGAUCUGGAAUGGUGACAUUUGGUCCAGCUGCGGGACGGACGGUGUCCAAGUCGUCUGUAAAUCAUAGAGAUGCUAUUAAUGAAGUCCGAGAGAUCCCGUUGUGGGAUUCACAAUUUCUCCAACUCUUGAGAAUAGAGACAACGUCAGAGAAUUCACAAUCUGGUCACAAUUCUUGUGCGAAGAGCUUCAAAUCUGAGGAGUGGGAUGGAGGAGACUGGACAAUCAAGCCUGUUUAUAUGCGGGCAGGCUCAGUAUUGCAUAUGGCGAAUUUGACGUUCAAGGAAAAUUGUUCGUCAGCAUCCGAGCAAAUGGAAGGCAUCAACAGAAUAAUCCAGAGAGAAUUGCACCAACUGGACCGUUCAACCUGCGACAUCGUUUUUACGACAAUCAUCCUAAAGUCGAUUGACGACGAUUUCACAAAGGUAAAUAACGUCUAUAGACACCUAUUUACUGAACCAAAUCCCCCAGCAAGGGUCACCUUUUCGACUCCACUGCCCAGGGGACUAAAGGUGAUGCUCUCGCUUGCCAUUAAUAUGGGUGCAGAUGGACUUCCAGAUUGCUUGCAUGUGCAAUCUAGGUCAUAUUGGGCGCCUGCCAACAUUGGGCCAUACUCGCAAGCAAUAACCCUACCUUGUGGCUCAGGGGCCGCCUUGGUGUAUGUCGCUGGUCAGAUCCCUCUUGUUCCUGCUACAAUGGAGUCUUUGCAUACCAUAGCCGCUCUCAGAUCAGAAGAUUACAUGGCAUUGUUUCAGCAUCGGGCAUGCCUCGCUCUGCAGCACCUUUGGCGGAUUGGGGUCGAGAUGAGAGUAAGAUGGUGGACAGGUGCUGUUGCAUUCGUUGUAGGCACGGCUGAGGUGCAAUUCAAAGCUGAGUUAGCCUAUCGCCUAUGGAGUAAAGCUCACGAUCCGGACUUGUGGUUGCAGGAUUUUGGCGAAGAUGAAUCCUUCGAUGUUUGGGAUAGGACGCACUCAGGUUCACGAAGCUUCAUUCCCUCAAGGGACGAUCGGAAGUCCUUGCCAGAUCACGAGACACUUGUUCCUGACAGUAUUCAAGCUCCUGUGCCCGCACUGCUUGUGGUACAGGUUGAUGCGCUCCCUCGUGAAUGUGACAUCGAGUGGCAGAGUAUCGGUGUUGCCACGUCGGAGGUAAAGUUCACUCACAUCAAUACAUCUGGUACAGAGGCUAUCAGCUGCUCCAUGCCCGCCGCGGAAACAAGUGUCAUACAUCUCUACAUCUCAAAAAUGCAAAUGAAAGAGAAUGACAUACUCUUAUCAGAUAUCAUCUCAAAAGCAUCAAUUCAAUGUCUUGAGCAACUUGGGCUUAGCGAUCAAAUCAGUCGUCACUUAACCUCUGUGUACUCUCCCUGGGCUGCAGAGCUCUCGUCAAUAAACGCUCAAGUCAUCCCGUGCCAUAGAGUAUGGGGUCCGAGAGGACUAGAGGUGCAUGAGCUCGCUGCCGGGGUAGUCAUCCAUGUGGGACCCCAAUAUGGACAGAUUGGGACGGAGACAAUUGCAAGUCAUGACCGAUUUGACGGCAUAAUCACCUUGUGGUUCGAUGAACGUGAUGACGAAUAA